AAAAGGAGGAACCACCAGUUAUACACACACGCGGGCAGCGCCGGCGUCGCUCACGAACUAAAGAAAACUUCCGAAAAGACUGUGCACUUUUAAGGCUUGUAGUUAAAAACUUUAGAGAGAAUUUUGUUUUUAAUCUGCAGUAUUAUAUACUGAAAUCACCAUGGCACAAAGAAUAGCGAUGGAGGACGAGGUGAAGACGGCAAAUGGUGAGGCGCACGAACUCCCGCUGGUCAACGGUUUGGCUGGCCAUCCGAAGAAAACCGAAGUACCGCUUUCAGAGAAAGUGCAGAAGAUUUUACGGGCCAAUAUCCUGGUGAUCCUAACCGUGGCCGGAGUCAUAAUCGGGGUCUUUAUUGGACUCGGGGUGCGCAGCGCAGAACUGAACAAAACGCAAAUUGCCCAGUUUGGCUUCCCGGGCGAGCUGCUCAUCCGCUUGUUGAAAAUGAUCAUCAUUCCCUUGGUCGUGUGUAGUCUUGUGUCCGGAGCGGCCAGCAUCGACCCCAAAGCCUUGGGCAAACUUGGCGGCUGGGCGAUGCUCUUCUUCUCGGUGACCACCCUGAUUGCGUCAGCUAUCGGCGUUGUCAUGGCUUACAUCAUUAAACCUGGAUAUGUCUCUGGCUCCAAACCAAUUGUCUCAGGGAUUGGCGGUGGGGUACCACAAUCCAAAGAAAUUGUGGACUCCUUUUUGGACUUGAUAAGGAACCUUUUUCCCUCCAAUCUGGUGGCAGCUGCUUUCCAGUCGUAUGGCACCGAAUACAUCAUGGUGAAAGUGGAGAAGAACAUAACGGAUGAGAUGGGAAACAUUUUAAACCACACCUGGGAAAAGGUGCCGGUGGGAAAGGACGCAGACGGCAUGAACAUCCUGGGGCUCGUGGUGUUUGCCAUCGUGUUUGGCGUGGCGCUGAGAAAGCUGGGUGAGGAGGGUGAGAUCCUCAUCAAGUUCUUCAACUCCUUUAACGAAGCCACCAUGGUGCUGGUGUCCUGGAUUAUGUGGUACGCCCCCCUUGGUAUCAUGUUCCUGGUGGCGGCUAAGAUCGUGGAGAUGGAGGAUGUGGGCACGCUGUUCGCCAGCCUGGGGAAGUACAUCGCCUGCUGUGUGAUUGGCCACUUUGUUCACGGCCUGCUGGUCCUGCCGCUCAUCUACUUUAUCUUCACACGCAAGAACCCCUACACCUUCCUGUGGGGGCUGGUCACUGCUCUGGCCACCGCCUUCGGUACCUCCUCCAGCUCCGCCUCCCUGCCGCUGAUGAUGAAGUGCGUGGAGGAGAAGAACGGCGUGUCCAAGCACAUCAGCCGCUUCAUCCUGCCCAUCGGGGCCACGGUCAACAUGGACGGGGCGGCGCUCUUCCAGUGCGUGGCCGCCGUCUUCAUCGCCCAGCUCAACGACGUCCCGCUCAACUUCGUCCAGGUCAUCACCAUCCUAGUGACAGCCACAGCGUCCAGUGUGGGAGCAGCGGGGAUCCCAGCCGGGGGAGUGCUGACCCUGGCCAUCAUCCUGGAGGCAGUGGGACUGCCCACUAAUGACAUCUCCCUCAUCCUCGCCGUGGAUUGGCUAGUUGACCGGACCUGCACAGUCAUCAAUGUGGAGGGCGACGCCUAUGGGGCGGGGCUACUGCAGUACUUUGUGGAUCGCCAGGCGAGCCUUGAGAAGGGGGCGGAGCUCAGCCGCGUCAAGGUGGAGGAGGGCGCGCCCACCCGGCCAGAGGAUGUGCCCCUCAUAGCGAAGAGCGAGAAGGACCUGGAGGAUGGCAUCACGCUCACAGCGGUGCGCUCCAUGCCAGAGGAGUCCAUCAUGUAGGGACAUAUGGCCGAACCUGUUUGCUCCUUCCCCACAGAGUCCACCCGUACAGGGGCAGGUCAGGGGGGCCCUAACAACCGCCCAUAAUUGUCCUCUUUCCCAACCUCUCCUGGCCUACAUUAAUGAACAGGGGCUGAUGGGAAGAGGGAGGGGUCAAUAGACUCAUACUGCCAUGUAUCUUUUUUUAAACCAAUAGCCAGCAGGGCCCUCGUCCUAUCUAUCCUCAGGUUUUUAUGUCUUGAGGGGCUGGUCCUUAGCCUUUGAGGUUCUCGGUCUUGUCUCAAAGUAUUUUCCUUUUUGUGCCGGCAGCCUUGAGAAGGCGAGCCUAAACAUCCCCUCCAGGGUUUUUUUUUUUUUU